GAUGAUUCACUGUUUUGAUCGGUUUUGGAAACCGGCCAGUAGGUGCGCGAUCUAAACAAGCUGGAUGCAUGAGCAGCGACGCCUGCAAGGCGAUCCGUCUAGCGAUGGAGCGGAACGUGCGGCACCCAAGUCCGGCGAGGAUGACGACUGGAUCGUUGGCUUGGCCUGGUGGCUGUGCGACGAAGGCGGGUGGGUGCGUCCGUCCGUCAUGCAUGGGAGGCCCGACUUCGCUGCUGCAUGUUUUGAUCGAUCGAUUGCCUCGAAGACUGCUUGUUCAUCACAGCGAUGGCAGCAAGCACAGCGAGGUGGCAGCUGCUGGCCGGGGAGGUGAAGCGGCAGGCAUCGGGGUUCCUGCAGGACAAGUACAAGCAGGCGAGGCUGGCAUUGGGAGAUGUCACGCCAGCCGAGCUGCUGGUUCAAGAGGCCACCAACAACGAUGCCUGCGUCCCCGACGCCAGGACGCUGGCGUGCAUCGCCGACGCGGCGUUCGACAUGGACGACUGCUGGAGGAUCACCAAGGUGCUGCACCAGAGGCUGGGCCGCGUCGACUGGAAGGAGUGGAGACCCGUCUACAAGGCGCUCGUCGUCCUCGAGUUCCUGCUCACCCACGGCCCCGAGGACCUCCCCCGCGAGUUCCUGCCGGACAUGCCCGUCAUGCACGACCUCCGAAGCUUCAACUACAUCGACGACAAGGGCUUCAACUGGGGCGCCUGCAUGCAGAGGAGGACCGACACCAUCCUCACGUUGUUGACGGAUGGCGACCGCCUCAAGGAGGCGCGGCGCAGGGCCAUCAGGGUCUCACACGAGGUGCAGCACGGCUUCGGCAGCCCGACGUCGUCGUCCUCCCCGUCCUCCGCCUCCUCCUCCUCCUCCCGGACCUCGCACACCUGGUCCUUCGGCUCCUCCCACUACUCCGACAGCCCCACCAUGUGCCUCACCUGCGCCUCCGACGCCGACUACCGCCACGACAAGAAGUGCGACGCCUACACGGCCGACGACGACUGGAACAAGACCAAGUGGCCGGCGACGGUGGACGAGCACCACCACGACGACGAUGACGAAGACGACAACGGCCACCAGCUAAUCGACGACGCCUGGGACGCCCACUUGGACGACUCUUCCUCCGGCUCAUGGCCAGCCAGGUUGUACUCCACCAUGCUCGGACUCGGCGCCACCUCCAUUGGCAGCAGAGCGUCCGGCUUCCAGAGUUUAUCGCAACCCGAGCGAAGGACAAACAAGAAGCUCCAGCGUCAGCUUUCCUCAGAUUAUUGAGUGAAAGAUGGGUCAUUUUUCUUUCUUUCUCUAGCUUAUAUAUUUUGCUUCCAAAAGUAAGUACAUUAAGCCCAAUCGCGUGCAAGUUAGUUAGCCACCGACCUAGCUAGCUUGUUUA